UUCCCCGCCGAAGCUUAGUCUGAAACUGCGAAGGCGGGCGCGAAUUCCAUUUCUCUGCAGGGCAGUUACCGCAUACCGUAGCGGUAACUCUUCGACUGCACAAGCUCUCUUCUUCGUUGAUUGCCCCUCCGCAUAACUACUCAUAGGGCUCUCGCCGACCAAAUGACCGAGGCCGACUCUUCAGACCAGUUCUUCUCCGCCACCGACGCCGACGUCGAUGGAGACAAACCCCGUAAAACGCCAUAUGCGGACGACUCCAUCCUCAUCUGCACUCUCCCGGAAACGUCCAGUUCUUCCACCUCCACUUCCUUAAAAACGGGACAAACCCUAGAUCCUCCCAGCAUCAUCGCCUCCCAACCUGUAUCUGUGGCGAGGAAGAGAUCUUCAGUAUUGAAGAGGAAGGCGAAGUGUGCGAAGAUUAGAUCUUCGGAUUCCGAUGAAGAAAAGCGGGAUGAAUCGUCGGGCAAAGAACGCCUCGAUGACGAAAACGUAAACCCUAGCUUUGCGGCUGAUACUCUUGUUGGUUCCGGUGAUCGUAAGGACGGCGAUGGUUUGAAUGAAAGUAUAUUGCUCUCCGAGAAGCUGCAGUUUGCUUUACUUGAUGUCGCGAGAAUGAUGUGCGAAAAGCAGAAUAAAAGGUUUGAGGACAUGGAUAUUUUGGAGAUCGCUGCUAUGAAGGGAAUUCAUUUCCCUCCACCAAGCUGGUGGAGGCCAGGAGGCUAUGGACCCAAGAAGGUUCGUCGAUGUUUGGCAACCUUAACGUAUGGAAAUGGAGUAUGCUGAACAGAGAAGAAAACAAUGUCUUCUUUUUUUAUUCUUCAGGAAGCUAUCUUCUCUAUCUUUUGGUCCUCGUGACUGGUAAGGAGGAAAAUGACGCCUUUUUUGUAUGAAUUGCUUAUAGUUGCGAUGCCGUUGUGUUUUCUAUUUCGAAAAAAAUGAUGAUGUUUUGUGGUUGAUGAUGUUCAGCCGACUAGUACCCGCAGCCUGAGGCAUUUGUUGAAAGUUCAUAGGACCCGUUAUAAGUCCUGGUUGAUGUUGUUUUCUUUUUGUUUUUAACAUGAUUAUCGGAAAUUUAUAUACGUAGUACAUAAUUUGCAUAUCUCACUCUUAAACUUUCAUAUUUACAUACAUGAAAAGAAGUGCAUAUGGAUGUAUUGUUUCAAUAAUACGUUAUUUGAGUUGAAGAUGGGUUCCGCAGGUUUUUCCUAAUGAUUCAAACUUUAUUGGUCCUUUUUUCCGGAAGAAUUACA